GCAGCUGAUAGAGAUGGAGCCGCCGCCGCCGCUGAGCGCCCGGAUCCUGGCUCCGGCCCGACUAUCGCCACCUCAGUGACCCCAUUCCCCCCCGCACUGGGCCACCCGGGCCAGAGUGGGGGACCCCCGCCACCCCGUCCCCCUCCCCAACUCCGUCCCCUCUCCCCCGCCACCCCCAAAGCCUGCGCGCGCGCGGAGACGCUUCAGGAGUGUAUGAAAUGCCCAGCUGGUAAUCCCUCACCUCCUCAUGGGCCUGCCAGUAGUCUGCCUGGGGAGGACAGGGAAGCACAAAGAACAAGAGGAAAGAUGCAUCCAUCUGAGAUCUAAAAGGAGACAAUGAGAAUCUCUUUAAGAUGGACAUAGAAGACUGCAAUGGCCGCUCCUAUAUGUCUGGUAGCGGGGACUCAUCUCUGGAGAAGGAAUUCCUUGGGGCCCCGGUGGGGCCCUCAGUGAGCACCCCUAAUAGCCAGCACUCUUCUCCCAGUCGCUCACUCAGUGCCAACUCCAUCAAGGUGGAGAUGUACAGCGAUGAGGAGUCAAGCAGACUGCUGGGGCCAGAUGAGCGGCUCUUGGAAAAGGAUGACAGCGUAAUUGUGGAAGAUUCAUUGUCGGAGCCCCUGGGCUACUGUGAUGGGAGUGGGCCAGAGCCUCACUCUCCUGGUGGCAUCCGACUACCCAAUGGCAAGCUCAAGUGUGAUGUCUGUGGUAUGGUCUGUAUCGGACCCAACGUGCUCAUGGUGCACAAGCGCAGCCACACCGGUGAACGGCCCUUCCACUGCAACCAGUGUGGAGCUUCCUUUACCCAGAAGGGGAACCUGCUGCGUCACAUCAAGCUGCACUCUGGAGAGAAGCCCUUCAAAUGUCCCUUCUGCAACUACGCCUGCCGCCGGCGUGAUGCACUCACCGGCCACCUCCGCACACACUCAGUCUCCUCUCCCACAGUGGGCAAGCCCUACAAGUGUAACUACUGCGGCCGGAGCUACAAACAGCAGAGUACCCUGGAGGAGCACAAAGAGCGGUGCCACAACUACCUACAGAGUCUUAGCACUGAAGCCCAAGCUUUGGCUGGCCAACCAGGCGAUGAGAUACGUGACCUGGAGAUGGUGCCAGACUCCAUGCUGCACUCAUCUUCUGAGCGGCCAACAUUCAUUGAUCGUCUCGCCAACAGCCUCACCAAACGCAAGCGUUCCACCCCCCAGAAGUUUGUAGGUGAAAAGCAGAUGCGCUUCAGCCUCUCAGACCUCCCCUAUGAUGUGAACUCGGGUGGCUAUGAAAAGGAUGUGGAGUUGGUGGCACACCACGGCUUGGAGCCUGGCUUUGGAGGUUCUCUGGCCUUUGUAGGCACAGAGCAUCUGCGACCCCUUCGCCUUCCACCCACCAAUUGCAUCUCAGAACUCACACCCGUCAUUAGCUCUGUCUACACCCAGAUGCAGCCCCUCCCUGGUCGACUGGAGCUUCCAGGGUCCCGAGAAGCAGGUGAGGGACCCGAGGACCUGGCUGAUGGAGGUCCCCUCCUCUACCGGGCCCGAGGACCCCUGACUGAUCCUGGGGCAUCCCCCAGCAAUGGCUGCCAGGACUCCACAGACACAGAAAGCAACCAUGAAGAUCGGGUUGCAGGGGUGGUAUCCCUCCCUCAGGGUCCCCCACCCCAGCCACCUCCCACCAUUGUGGUGGGCCGGCACAGUCCUGCCUACGCCAAAGAGGACCCCAAGCCACAGGAGGGGUUACUGCGGGGCACCCCAGGCCCAUCCAAGGAAGUGCUUCGGGUGGUGGGCGAGAGUGGUGAGCCCGUGAAGGCCUUCAAGUGUGAGCACUGCCGUAUCCUCUUCCUGGACCACGUCAUGUUCACUAUCCACAUGGGCUGCCAUGGUUUCAGAGACCCUUUCGAGUGCAACAUCUGUGGUUACCACAGCCAGGACCGGUACGAAUUUUCUUCCCACAUUGUCCGGGGGGAGCAUAAGGUGGGCUAGCAGCUUCUCCCCCGACCCCCAGUCCACCACUCCACUGCCCUGCCUACAAGUGUCUAGCCCUGUUUCCACCACAUCCCGAGGAGUUUUGCUUUGUAGCCCCCACCACUGGCUAUCUGACUUCACACCUGACCCUGACCCCUCCUCACCUAUUCUCCUCUACUCUGACCGAUUUAAGCAUUGUGAGGAAACAGGUCUUUUGCUUAUAUUUCUCCUUUUUCUCUUCUCUCAUCCCAACAUACUCACUAUUUAUUAAUUAGUUUAUUUUUCUUUUGCCUUUUUUUUUUUUUUUAAACUUAUAUUAGUCACAUGCUACUCCCCACCCUCCUGCCCACAGUUCCCUUCCACUUUAGGCCUAAUUUGUCUCUUUGACCUAGAAUCCUCCAACAGCCCCAGGGGUAGGAAGCUCCUCUUCAUACUUAGAGACCUUGAGCUUCUUGCUUUAAGUCCUCACCCUUACAUUACCAGAUUCUUUAAUUUUGAUGCUGAUACCUCUCUCUGGCCCCACCUUAGCCCUGUGGCAUUAUAUCUCCUCUCUGGGACCCUUCAACCUGGUACUUCAUACCUCUUGUGCCCUCUCACAUUAGGCAGCUUGCACUAUUCUUGAAUGAAUGAAGAAUUUCCUCAUUUGGAAGUAGGAGGGGCGGAAGAAAUUCUCCCCAGGCAUUGUGGGACUGAGGGUCCUCUUGAUGUUCUGCUAGUAACAUGAGUUCCUCAAAGGCUACAUUCAGGAUCUCCCUCUAAGAUGUGACAUAUCUCUUCCUUGAAAAAUCCCUCAACACUGCUCUAAUAUCUUUAAUCUGCCGGUCUAUUCAGUGGUGGCUUUUCUCUCCUUGGAGUGCCCCAUUUUUGUAUUCUCAGGGGCCAAGGCUAGGUCUGCAACCUUCUGUCUCUGACACAUUGGGAGCCACAGGUGCCUAAUUGGGAACCAGGGCAUGGGAAGGGGGUGGGUCUAAAUUCUUCUCUUUCUCCUCCACCUCUCAAACUUCUUCACUCUAGUGACCUUCCUAGGCUCUCAGGGGCUCCUCUAGUCCCCAUCCUAUGAGAAACUAGUAGGUUGCUGCCUAAUGACAAGGGGGUAUCUCAACCCCUCAGUCAUGCUGCUUUCUUCCUCCCCCUCCCAGCAGGAUUCACCCUCUCAUUCCUGGGCUCCUGGGCCCUGUUCUUAGGAUCAGUGCCAGGGAGAAAAGGGUGUCUCUUUUCUCACUUCUAAUUCUCAGUAUAACCAAAAAUUAACCCAGGAUGAGCAAGGGCAUGUGCCCCUUACUCCAUUCCACCCUCGUUCCAGCAAGAAUGGGAUGGGCACAACUGAACUGGGGUCAUCCUAUAUUGCCCCCUUCUACACUCAGCUCGCAGACAUAGGGUAGGAGGGGGCAGUCUUCUGGCUACAGCAGAGACCCCUGGCUAUAUGGGUAAUCUAGGAUCAGUGAGAAGGGGCAGGAGGAGAUACAACUCCACUGCAAGUGGAAGUCUCUUUCAAAUAGAGUUUCCUGUCCGAGGCCACAGCCAUCCCACUCUCUGCUUCCCUGAGAUUCAAACCAAAGGCUGUUUUUCUAUGUUUAAAGAAAAAAAAAAAAAAAAAAAAAGUAAAAACCAAACACAACACCUCGUAAGUUUUAACUCUUGGUCCUUCUCUCUCCUUUUCUCUUCCCUUCCUUUCCCUUCCACCUUUCUUUCCACAUGUCCUUUCCUUAUUAGCUCUUUUGCCUCCUACUUUUCUCACUCCCUAUCAGGGAUAUUUUGGGGGAUGGUAAAGGGUGGGCUAAGGAACAGACCCUGGGAUUGGGGCUCUUAAGGGCUCUGGGAAAAGUCUACCUUACCUUCUUAUGGGAAGAGAGACCCUAAAAAUUUUCUCCUCUUUAUCCUCCCUUUUCUUCUCCAUUAUGUGGUUUCCCCAAGAAAACCAGAUUGGCAGGGAGAGGCACCAUGAGGUGAUUGUUUCUCCUUGACAAUGUAGCAAUAAACAGAUGCUGCCAAGGGCAGAGGAUGAGGAGUUACCUCAGAGGAGAGUGGUUUCUAGAGAAAGGAAGAAUCUUCUCAACAGCACCCCAGGGUACUAGCUCCUUGUUUCAGGAUGGCAGCAGAGCUGAGAUUAAUAUCUGGGCUUCUCCUGAAUUAUUCUGGUUAUUGAGCCCCUUCUCGUUAGCCCCAGGCCCCCCCGCCCACCUCUUCUGUGUUUGCUGUGUAUUUAGUGACACCUCCUAAGGACUAGUCCCUUCUGAGGUAUCAGAGUCUUAGGGUAUCCCCAUCCCCUCCCCCAGUUGCUUUGGCACCUGUAACCUCCCAGAACAUGAAGGACUAUGCUCUGAGGCUAUAUAUUUGCUCUGUGCCCAUGAGAGCAGAGACUGGAAGGGCAAGACCAGGUGCUAAGGAGGGGAGAGAAGGGCAUCCUGUCUCUCUCCAAACCAUCACUGCACUUUAACCAGGGUCUUAGGUACAAAAUCCUACUUUUCAGAGCCUUCCAGCUCUGGAACCUCAAACAUCCUCAUGCUCUCUCCUAGCUCCUUUUGCAUAAAAAAAAAAAAAAAGAAAGAAAGAAAGAAAGAAAGAAAAAAACCCCAACCAUUGAAACCCACAUGGAGAAAAGAGGUGUUUCCUUUUAUAUUGCUAUUCAAAAUCAACACCACAUACAAAAAAAUUUCUAAAUAGACACUUUUCCAGACCUUCGUUUUUUCGUGUCAGUGUCCAAGCUGUGGAUGGGAUUUUGUAAUACUUCUAGCAGCUUCUUUCCUUGUGUACAUAAUAUAUAUAUAUAUAUAUUUUUAAUCAGAAGUUAUGAAGAACAAGAAAAUAAAAUAAAACACAGAAGCAAGUGCAAUACCACCUCUCUUCCUCUCUCCCAGGGUUUUGUUUGUAGCCUAUGUUUGGUGUCUCCUUUGACCCAUAACCCCUCACCUCUUCCUCUGGUCCUCUCUCCCCUCCUUUUUAAAAGAGUUUUUCUCCUUUCUCAAGAGGAGUUAAACUAGCUUUUGAGACUUAUUGCAAAGCAUUUUGUAUAUGUAAUAUAUUGUAAGUAAAUAUUUGUGUAACGGAGAUAUACUACUGUAAGU